UGUACAAGUAAUGAAAUGUCUACGGACCUGCAGCGGUGCUUUUCCCCUUUAGUAACGUGUGUUGUCUGUGUUUCAGUGGAGGCGUCCGUCCAUUACCAACAGUCUGGCUCCACUAUCUACUGUUCAGAUAAGACCAUCGAGGCUGCCGAGGCUCUGCUGCACAUGGACUCUGUUACCAGCCUGAGAGGAGACCGCAGCCCAGAUGUGUUCAUCCCGGCAGGGUGUGGGACCACCCCAGACUUCAUCCACGCGGCGAUGCGUCCAGACGUGAUGACCGAGACGGUGGUGGAGGUGUCUACGGAAGACUGUAUGGACGAGGACAUGGAGGUCACCCUCAUAGAGGAACCAGACGAGUCCGAGCCUGACCACCAACCUGUCAGGAAGAAGAAAGCGGGGAGGAAGCCAAAGACCCACCCGCCUGCUGUGUCCAACGGAUCACCGGACCUCAGCAUCAAGAAGAAACCCAGAGAAGGAAAAGGCAGCACCACGUACCUGUGGGAGUUCCUGUUGGACUUGCUCCAGGACAAGAACACCUGUCCCAGGUACAUCAAGUGGACUCAGAGGGAGAAGGGCAUCUUCAAGCUGGUGGACUCCAAGGCCGUGUCCAAGCUGUGGGGCAAACACAAGAACAAACCUGACAUGAACUAUGAGACCAUGGGACGGGCUCUGAGGUACUACUACCAACGUGGUAUACUGGCCAAGGUCGAAGGUCAGCGGCUGGUCUACCAGUUCAAGGAGAUGCCCAAGAACAUCGUUGUCAUCGAGGACGACAAGUCCGACUCCAGAUCGGGCGAUCUUAUUGGCUCAGAGAAGUCUUACCACGAGAGGGUCCUGCCCUCGUCGGAGACGAUACUGAAUGUGGCCGAGCUCGCCACGACGCCCACCAUCCUGGGGGGUGGGACGAGAACCGGAGUCCAUCCUCCGGUUGCUAAGGGCAACAAGGCGGUGAUGACGGGGGGCGGGGCGGCGGUUCCGAGGAUAGUGACCAUUUCCACGGCGCCAGACGGAACCCAGACGCAGCAUUCUCACACGGCCAUCAUCCCCACUGCCUCAGGACCCAGGACUGUACGGGUUGCCAUGCAAGUGCCUGUAGUCAUGACAACGUCACUGGGCCAGAAGAUCUCAACGGUUGCCGUGCAACAGGCGCCAGGGACGUCGGGAGGCCAAACGACGUACCAAUUGGCCAACGCCUCUCCCAUCGGCACGGCAACGGGCAACGCGAACUCCCAACCGAAGGUUGUGAUCCAGACCAUCCCCACCAUGGUUCCAGCCACAGCGGAGAACGGAGACAAGAUCACGGUCCAACUGGCUAAGAUCAUCACCAUCCCGGCCCACCAGCUGGCCCAGUACCAGCAGCAGACCAAGCCUGGCCUGGGGGGCUCCCCGACGGGCAGCAUCUCUCUCCUGGGCGGGACAAACUCCUGGGGGGUACGAGCCCUGGCACCUCAUGUUACCAUGGCUGCAGGGACACAGGUGAUGAGGCUGGCCGUUCCCACAACGCUGCAUCAUCAUCAUCAACAACAACAGCAUCAUAUCGUCACGACGACGCAAGGUGGCGGGACCGGGACGGCGGCAGUGGUCACCGUGACGACGACGGCGGCCAAUCAGAGCGCUCCGGUGGCGGCAUCCCAUAUCAUCAGCGGCAUCAUCAAGAGAUCUGCCACGGCGGCAGAAGAACCGCAGCAGCAGCAAGCCAAGACGCUGACCAUUAAACGGUACAGGCCCUCCCCGUCCAGACCACGUUACCGGAAACACACGACAUCAUCACCGUAGUCGUCUAAAUCAGGAGGUCUGGAGUGUUGAGGCCACGAGUACGGACACACACACACACACACACACACACACACACACACACACACACACACACACACACACACACACACACACACACACUUCAACAUUGUUUGUACAGUUUUUGGCCACAUAGUUUGUUCCUCUUUUUCUACGUGACUCUGAGAGACUAUAAAGACACACAACCAGCUCUGAUUUACCCUGGGAGGGGGUCUACCUUCCUACCACAGCCUCAUCUAUAUGGGGGUGGGGGCGGGUCUACCUUCCUACC